AUGGGCAAGAAGAUAAAAGAGGUAGGAGAUAUGGAAAUUAAUUGCGCAACAUGGAUUGUAGAGUGUUGCUAGGUACAAUAAAAGCAAAGUCUGCGAGUUUCCGUCAUGGAUGUGGAGAAAUCGAGAAAAAAUAAGAGAGGAAUACCUUAAAAGAUUGCGAUGUUGUUUUCUGAAUCCGCUCCUAUAGUUCAGUUAAAGGUAUCAGAUCUUUCGCUGGUUCUUUUCACCACCCAGCCCUCGGCGUCGCCUUCAACGCCACUAUGAGCUCACAGUUUAAAUAAAGCUAAGAGUCAGUCUUUAAAAAUUAACGGUGGAGUCUACAAAAUUUUAUGUGAUAAAAUAAAUUGUACAUACAGUUUGAUUGGGUUCUUACUUACGAUCCAUUGGGGGACAGAUAGAUAGAUGACGUCACCAUCAUUCUAUCGUUUAAAACAGUGACACAUAGAUUCCAUGUUGACGCCCGUCUUUUUAUCCUUAAUUUGUCAAAGAUGCACUGUUUUGGUCAAAAAUAGAGUGGAGAGCUAUUCUAAUUAUCUUGACCUUGUUAAGUUUCGUUUCAUUUCUCUUUUUCUCUUUCCUUGUUUUUGCUAUUUGUAUUUCAUUUGCUUGGCUUUGUUUUAUCUCGCUGUUUAUUUUUUUUACCUUACCAUAUUUACCAAGAUCCAGGACGCGACAAACUACUUAAGAAACUUUACAAGUUUUAUCUUGGAUGGAAAACUGUAUCGAUUUCUCGACAAAGAUUUGGUAUGUAUAUUUGCACUUACUUUAAGACAUUGAUAAAAUUCUUCAUACUUAGGUGUCUAAUUAAGAUAAACAUUAAUCGACAUGUUUUAAAUUGACCCAUUGGGUGAAGUUCAAAAAGAAUUUCUUUUUUUAAACACUUUUUCCAUUUGUCUAAAUUUAUUUCUAUCGAGCGAUGGAAAUGGUGGAAAUUUCUUCUCGUGAAGACAAAUUUAAGGAUUCGUGAAAAAAUAAACAUGAUGUUAAAGAUGUUUAUGUUCAGAUAUGACGUUUAAUUCGCGUUUUAAUUUGAUUUGACAGGCUUACUUGGUUUACACCCUUCCAUCUCCUUACAAAGAGGAAAUCAUUGGGCUGUCUAAGGCUACUGACAUUCCUCUUGGUAUGGCCGAAGCGUAACCUUUUCCAAAUUGAUUCAUUUAUUUAGGUCUUUUUGGGAGUUUUGACACGAAAAUUGCGCCGGACUUCAGAUAAUUGGUCCGGAUUCGAGCCUCUUGGUGUAGAUUUUAAAUUAUUUUAUAUUAAUUUCAUUAAUAUCUUAUAAAUGGAGGAAUUGCGCUGGACUGCAAAUCAGUUGGUCCGGGUUCGAAUACGACUGCCAAGAGUUUUGGCGGAAUUUCGUGCGUACUUUCACUGAAAUGAGUGUAAAAAUCAAAGAGACCCAGAGAUGGACUUUCUUGAUCCACCAGGAUAUUCGAGGAUCAAUAACGGGUAACAGCUUUCACGCGAAUAUAUAACACGUGUUUAAUUUUAAUGCAAACGCCAUCAGUUUUUCAUAUCACCAUGCUUACAUAAAUAUCAUUACAGGGCAAAACAAAAAAAUGAAACAAAUUCCUAGAUUAAUUUAGAAUGAAGUAUAUUAAGAUGCAUUCUUCGAUGCCAAUUAACAAAGUAAGGAAGCUAGAAUUACCCAAGCCGUUUGUAUUAAUAUUUUUGUACAAACUCAACUGAUUUGUUUGAGUAUAGGCAAUCAUAGCCAUAUAAGUUAUUGCGAACAUUCAGUGAAUUCGCUGAUGUCCUCUAUUAUUUCAGGUGAGAUUUUAUUCUUCAACAUCUUUUAUGAGAUUGUCGCAUUUUGCACAUCUAUUGUUGCUGAGGACGAAUCAGGUAAGGAAAUCUGAGAUAUAAAGUGUCUCAGCGUCCAACUUCCUUAAAGAAAGGCGUGGAGCUCAACUGAAAACUCUUACCGAACAACAGUCUGGUUCAGACCGAUUUAUAUGUAAACAUGUCUUAAAAAAGAGCCUUGCUCUAGAUACGUAUUUCUCGUGUGAGAGUAUCGUGGUGUCCGGCAUAACGUUUAAUUCAUUUGAUAAAUUUUUAGAAAUGUCCUUGUAAUGGGAGAUUUAGCAGCCAAAUGCUUAGCACAAACUGCAUAGGGGACGGAGGCGCGGGCGGCUACCAACAUUAGACUGACAUCCCAUUAGUAUAUAAACCGGGAAAGGAUAAACUCUGGCAGCUUUUUGUGAGUCAGUUUUCUUUGCAGACUUUCCUUACACCGUUGUGAUUACUUUUCAGGUAAACUGUUCCACGCACGUAAUAUGGACUUUGGCCUGUUUAUGGGGUGAGUUUCUUUGAAACGUACACUACUUUAGAGUUUCUUAGAAUUCCUCAUUAAUUUUGUUCGAUUUGAUUGGAAUUGAAGCGAAACGUUUAUUGAUUACAGCUGGGAUGAGAAGAAUAACACGUGGAUGCUGAGCGAGAUCCUUAGAACACUAGCAAUUAAUAUUGACUUUCGGGUAAGUGUGACAUCAUAAUUUUUGAGAAUCUCCCAGAUGGGCAGUAAUUUUUGUUUCUUUUUUUUUGUGAAAAAAUUAAGCUUCAGAGAGCGUAGAGUUUUCACGUCCGUUUUUAAGAAGAUUAAGUGUAAUUAUGUGACUAACCGUGUGAUUGAGAUUCCAAGAAGUACACUCGCCUUUGAGGACUGUCUCCAAAUGUGCUAAAAUAAUUUAUAACGGACGACGCCAUUUUGAAACGUGCUCAGCAACCUGGUGACUCACUUGUGACAUAACAAAGUUGCACUCCUUUUUCUCGAAUCUCUUAGCGAUCUCUUUUAAUCACUCAGAGCUACAUAAAUGGAUAUUCUUGUCUUUUGAUUUUUCAGAGGAAUGGCCAAACAGUGUACAAAUCAGUUACCUAUGCUGGAUUUGUGGGUGCUUUUACAGGAAUAAAACCAGUAAGCUAUUUGAUUUGUACCAAUUGAUAAUGACACAACAACAGGUUUUUGCUUUGCAAUAAAUGGGACACAAUGAACUGCUCUUACUAGAAUAUGUUUUUAAACUAAUCCUGAUCUCAUUACUUGUUCGCCUGUAUGGUUCGUGAAAAUUUGGUUCUUCUCUAAACUGCUUUUUUGUAGAGUUUAAAAUUGAUUCAAACGUAAGUUAUUAUUUACAGACUCUUCAUGGAGCAGAUUUCAAGUCAGUCAUCUUUUUCAUCAUCAUUUCGCUCUUAUUGAUUUCAUAGGGAGUGCUGACAUUAACUGUGAAUCAAAGAUUCGCUACUGAUGGUGGUUACGUCGGUGAGAAGAUAAAUUCAGCUACAACUGAACUCCUAUAACAAAUUAAUUCAAUUACCAAAGUGGCUCGACGAUCAAAAAUAUUAAAAAGCCAUCUUGUUAGUUGCAUGCUUUAUACUCGCCACCUUUGUUGCUGGACCACUUUGUCUUACUGGACAGUCCGUAUAAUCACCCUUACUCAGACCAACCUCUACACGACGCUAACUGCCUCAACAAAGCUUCCUAAACUGUUGAAAGAACCCUUCUACAAUGACUGUGCCUCGAGGUAACGUAAUACUCGUCCAAGCCAUGAGCUUGACCGUUCUAUCACGCAGAAAGCUGCUGCUGCCGAAAAAACACAGUAUCCAUCUUUCACCCUUUCAUCCCCACUAUAAAAGCCACGUUUUCAUACCGCAAACACGUUCAUAUUUUUCAGGAAUUAUUGAGUGGAUUCUCGGUAAUAGAAAAGAGAAGUGGUCAACUUUUCUCACUCGAGACGUUUUAGAAACUGCAACCAGGUAAAAUCACAGUAUUUUUUUUCUUGCCAAAGUAAGCAGAGCUGAGAUCCUGCUGUUUAAUGUUGAAAAUUUAUGUAGAUUUUCCUUAUGGCGUUUUUCAGCUUCGAGCAGGCUAAGGACAUGUUGGCAAACAACAACGUGACAGCUCCUGUAUAUUACAUUCUGGGUGGAGCAAAAUCAGGAGAGGUAGCAUUCUUUAUUCUUAAUAAAUACCAGAGAAUAUUAAUCUACUUGAGUUAAUUUAAAUAUUAUACCUGAGCAUUACUUUUGACUUGACUUAUUCAAAUUAUUUUUGUCAUCGUUUCUAUAGCAGAAUACUUGAGUUUGAACGGCAGAUGGUCACGGUGUUGGGGUCUAGCUAUAUGCCUCGGGAAUGACGGGUGACAAAAAAAACCCCGCUAACAUUUGCCUCACCCCUAACAUGAGGCUUCGUAGCUCAGUUGGUAGAAGUGCUUCCCCGAUAUCUAAUUGUCUCUCUCACGUUUCUUUAACAAUGACAGAGUUCUUAAUCUAAAUAUUCUGCGGAUCACAAUUACUUUUCAUGAUGUCUAUAGGCAAGAGAAAACAUGCAAUUAUUUUCUCUUGCUAUUGGCUGGAAAGAGUUGUUGCAGAGAGUUUUGGCCAUAAAUUAAACUGCUCGGUGAUGAAGUUUAUUUUGAUGACAAACUUGUUACAAAUAUUCUUUUUCAGGGAGUUGUCAUUACGCGUUCUCUGACUAAGUGCUUAGAUCAAAUGAGGUAUUGUUUGGUUACUUGUCAAAGUUCUCUUUUUUUUUUCUUUGGUUUAAACUAGAGUUUUGUGAGUCUUACGGAAUUGCAUGACAUGUUCAAAUAACUACAUCUAGUAUGUUAUUGAUUUUUGUCUGUAUGUUUUCAGCCUAAAUCCUACAAACAAUACUUGGUUUGUUCUGCAAACAAAUUAUGACAACUGGGAACCUCCUCUGGUAAUUGAUGACAGGAGAACUCCGGUAAAUUUAUUUUAUUUAAGAGUAUAGAUUUUGGGGUUGCUUGGUAUUUUUUGUAUAGUGCAGGCUUACGAAUGGGGAAGGGGGAGGCUCAAGUGUUAUAGUUCUUGGGUUAAAAAGCCUUCUAUUACCAUCUCCUCGUGCACAAGAAAACUACACAUUAGUUCGUUCAAUAACCGCAAUAGCCGAAGUUUCAAGAUUAACAGGCGUGUCCAAGUUUCUGUUUAACAACAAACCUUUCUAUUUGUUCAUGUUGUUGUUGUUUUUAUUCUGUUUCCAGGGCGAGGCAUGCAUGAAUAAAAUGGGACGUGAGGUUUGUUUUCUCAUGCGUUUAACCGACACAGUUCCUUUGUAAAUUAAGCAAUCUUAUUAAUUCUUUUUUUUUACUUUUUUUUUUACUUUUGUAUUAUCAGGCCGUGUCAUUCAAAGGCAUCUACAAUGUCCUCUCCACAAAACCUGUAUUGAAUAAGGUGAGGAAUGAAAACAAUUAUUUUCAAAAAUGGACAUAUGCGAUAUCAAUCGUGAUAUACUAACUUUGUUUCAGACACUGGCAUCAUCUAAUUUUGGACACUAGUGUCUAUCUUUUGAUAGUAGUGUCCGAUUUUAGACAUAAGUGUCCCUCUUUAGACAUCAGUGUCCGAUCCCAGACUCUAACGUCCGAUUUUAGACUCAAGGCACACUAGUGUCUGAUAUUGGGACCAUGUAAAUUAUUGUCCGAUAUUGGACACUAGUGUUCGAUUUUAGAUGCUAGUGUCACGUUGAUUACGCAACCUGACCCAGGUCUCUCUCACUAUUUCACUCGUGUGCUACUAUCGGGCCGUUUACUGUCAUACCUCGUUUUACUAAGUACUUCUUGCUGAAGGCCUGGAAGAGACUAGAUUUUUCCAUGUACAUGCUCCUAACAAAUGUUGUUUAACUUUCUUUUUAUCAAAAUAUUAUUAUUUCGCUCACAGUUGACCGUUUACACAACGCUGAUGCAAGUGAACAGUGGCAAAGUGGAGACAUUCAUUAGAAGCUGUCCCGACCCGUGCUUUCCAUGGUAGAUUGGAAGAUUGCAUACCAUAUCUUGCCGAAGAAUCGGAAUGAAGUUGUGAUUUCAGAGUAAUGAGUCAUUAUUAAACAGAAAUGUUUUGAAAAUCUGUCUGCAAUAAAUGUACUGAGUGAAGUUGAG